CGAUAAAGACACCUCGUAACCAAAGCCUGCGACCAAAAAAGAGAAUCUCUGCCACUGCCACCACUUCGCUUCUCUCUCAUCUUUGCACUCAAAACGAAGAACUCUAUCCCAUUACGACGCCGUUUUGGAACCCCAAAAACCCUUACAAUCUUCAUGAGCUAGCUACCGCUCUCUCUCUCUCUCUCUUCUUCAUCAAGCUCCGAUCUUUCAUUCAGAAUCGGAACCCCAUUUGCGUUUUUAUGCAAUGGGCUGCGCGCAAUCUAAGAUCGAUAAUGAGGAAUCAGUGGCAAGGUGUAAAGACCGGAAAGCCCUUAUGAAAGAAGCGGUUGCCGCCCGAAACGCCUUCGCCGCCGGUCACUCUGGUUACGCCGUCGCACUCAAGCACACCGGCGCCGCCCUCAGCGACUACGCCCACGGCGAGACCAACCUCGCCGAACACCUUGAUAACACCACCAACAACCACCAACAUCCGCCUCCGCCUCCUCCGCCUCUCUCCGCCGCGGACAAUCCCCAACCGCCGCCUCCUCCUCCCAUAGACGACACCCUUCCUCCGCCUCCUCCUCCGUUGCCGAGCUUCUCACCUUCUCCUGUCCCUCUUAAACGCGCCGUUACCAUGCCCCCCGCCAUCGCCACCCAGCACCGCCGUAACAUCGCCGCCGGAAUGGACGCCACCGGCGCCAUUGCCGAAGAGGACGAAGGAGAACAACAACAAAAUAAUGUCUCAAAGAAAAAUGGUGGAUCCGGUGACGCGCUGCCGUCGUCUCCGCCGAGGACGCCGGAGCUGAAGGCGGUUCCGCCGAUGCCGGAGGCAAAAGGCAUGGCCUGGGACUAUUUUUUCAUGGUAGAUAACAUGCCUGGCCCUUCUUUGGGUGAUGGUGAAGAUGAUGACGUCAUCAAUGAAGAAGAAGAAGAAGAAGUUGUUGAAGAAAGUGAACAUGUUAAUGUUAGAAAGAAGAAUGGUGUUAUAAUGGAGGAAGAGGUUGAACCUAAGACCCCUGAGAAUGUUAAAGAAAAAGGUGGUGUUGUGGUUAUGGAAGAUCAUCAUGAUUUGGAGAUCUCAGAAGCUACGCACAUUGAGCAUUCAAAAACUGCACCUGCUGAUUUCAGAAGAGCAAUGAAGGUUGUUGUUCCAAGUGUUACUCUUUUGCAGAUUUUGACCCUUCUUGAUGAUCACUUCCUCAAAGCUUCUGAGAGUUCUCAGGAAGUUAACAAGAUGCUUGAGGCCACUAGGUUGCAUUAUCAUUCCAAUUUUGCUGACAAUAGGGGUCACAUUGAUCAUUCUGCGAGAGUUAUGCGCGUGAUCACUUGGAAUAGGUCGUUUAGAGGCGUGUCGAAUGGUGGUGACGGCGCCAAGGAUGAUUUCGAUUCAGAAGAAUAUGAAACUCAUGCCACUGUUUUGGAUAAGUUGUUAGCAUGGGAAAAGAAGCUUUAUGAGGAGGUGAAGCAAGGCGAGCUUAUGAAGUUCGAAUACCAGCGAAAAGUCGCCAUCCUAAACAAGCAGAAGAAACGCGGUGCCAGUGCUGAAUCCUUGGAGAAAACCAAAGCUGCCGUAAGUCAUUUGCACACGAGAUAUAUAGUUGACAUGCAGUCGAUGGAUUCAACAGUUUCCGAAGUGAAUCAUAUCCGUGACGCACAGUUGUAUCCGAAAUUGGUUGCUCUUGUUAAUGAGAUGGCGAACAUGUGGGAGACUAUGUGCAUGCAUCACGACAGCCAGCUGAAAAUCGUUAUGGACCUCAAAUCGGUUGAUAUUUCGCAGGCUCCUAAGGAAACAACCAAGCCUCAUUACGACCGCAGCGUGCAACUUCUGAAUGUUGUUCAAGAAUGGCAUUCUCAAUUCGAGAAGCUUGUGACUCACCAGAAACAAUACAUACAAGCUCUUCAUAGCUGGCUCAAGUUGAACCUCAUCCCUAUCGAAAGCAACCUAAAAGAGAAAAUCUCGUCCCCACCCAAAGCCCAGAAUCCUCCAAUCCAAACCCUCCUCCUUGCUUGGCAUGACUACGUUGACAAGCUCCCCGAUGAGCUAGCGAAAUCCGCCAUUUCCUCCUUCGCUGCCGUGAUCAAGACGAUCAUAAAUCAGCAAGAGGAAGAGAUGAAGCUAAAGGAGAAAUGGGAGGAAACCAGAAAGGAAUACUUGCGGAAAAACCAAGCGUUCGAGGAAUGGUACCAGAAGUAUUUACUCCGGCGAGGGUCCGAGGAAGCAGAUCACGAAAGAGGAGAGGAAGUAAACACAAACAACCCUGUCUCGGAGAAGCAAUUCGUCGUUGAGAGCUUGAAGAAGAGACUGGAAGAGGAAGUCGAAGCUCACCAAAAACUGUGUCUUCAGGUUCGAGAGAAGUCACUACAAAGUCUCAAAACUCGCCUGCCUGAGCUCUUCCGCGCGCUAUCGGACUAUGCUCAUGCGAGCGCCGACGCAUACCAGAAACUCAAGGCAGUCACACAAUCACAAGAAGGUGGCACAGCAUGACAAUGUAAAUGCUUUUGUUUUGAGAAGCCUAUGUAGGUUUUUUCUGUUCAAACUUGAGGCCUUUGUUCAUUAUCAUGACACAAGUGUGUGUGAAAAUGCAUAUUUAUGAA